GCCUUGCCUGCGUUUCUUUGCUAGCUUUAUCUUGGCGGUAACAAAACACGUGUCUGUUUACACGCUAAACGCACAUGCUGUCACGCUAAACAUGUACGCUGUGCGUGUGCCCGCCCCUUGCUUUCCUUCUCUAUAGCGGCUGAAAUCAACGUAGAUUGCUGUUCUUCCUUUCUCUCUUUCGCCUUGCUAGCUGCUGCUGCUGUGUGACCUGCUCUUACCUUCUCCUUGCCCUACUCUGCUUUCUUAGGCAUGCCUGCUGCAGCAACAUCUUCCCGGCCCACUGCCCAGCUGCCGGCUAAGCUGAAGCAGCAGCAAGAGGCCCAGGCAGCGUGUCUGCUCACCCUUGUGGCCUACGUCAAGCACCCCGCUGGCAGCUUCCUGCUCUGCCCGACCUGCUCUAUCGCCAUCCUGUGAGAGGGACCCAGCUGGGGAUACCA